AUGGCAGAUUUCGAGGAGCUCAGCGAUGAGGAGAAGGUCCGUAUUGCAGCCAAUUUUGUGAUCCACUCUCCUCCAGGAGAGUUUAAUGAAGUCUUCAAUGAUGUCCGACUUCUGCUCAACAAUGAUAAUCUUCUCAGAGAGGGCGCGGCUCAUGCCUUUGCCCAGUACAACAUGGAUCAGUUCACCCUUGCCAGAAUUGAGGGAUAUGAAGACCAGGUCCUGAUAACGGAGCACGGUGACCUCGGUAAUGGUCGCUUCUUUGACCCUCACAACAAGAUCUCCUUCAAGUUUGACCACCUAAGAAAGGAGGCCAGUGACCCGCAGCCCCAUGAUGGCGAGGCUGGCCUCAGGUCAUGGAGAGAUGCGUGUGAUUCUGCCGUGAGGGCCUACGUCAAGGAGCACUACCCAAAUGGAGUCUGCACCGUUUAUGGGAAAACAAUCGAUGGCCAGCAGACCAUCAUCGCUUGUAUUGAGGGUCAUCAGUUUGAGCCUAAAAACUUCUGGAACGGUCGCUGCCGGUCUGAAUGGAAGUUCAGUGUUUCGCAAUCUACAGCGCAGGUGGUCGGUGUCUUGAAAGUACAGGUACAUUACUAUGAGGAUGGAAAUGUGCAGCUGGUCAGCCAUAAAGAUGUACAGGAAGCUCUGACUGUGUCCAACGAGAGCCAGACUGCCAAGGAGUUUGUGAAAAUUAUUGAGGACGCAGAGAAUGAAUACCAGACGGCCAUCAGCGAGAACUAUCAGACCAUGUCGGACACCACGUUCAAAGCCUUACGCAGACAGCUCCCGGUCACCCGCACCAAGAUCGACUGGAACAAGAUCCUCAGCUACAAGAUUGGCAAAGAGAUGCAGAAUGCUUAGAAGACAAAGUCUGUUGGGGUUAUGACAAACUGAGUUGGGGAGAAGCUAAUGCUGAUCGCGCAAAGAUGUGUGAUGCAACAUAAUGUACUGUAUGUCCUUCUAAAACAGACAUUUGUUGGGGUUUUUUUUUCCAGAGAAUGACAGCUUUUGUUGAGCACUUAGAGGGGAUGCCUUCAUUUAAAAAUUACAUUGAGUGGUGUAACUGUCGCUCAUUUAAAACACACUUUUUUUUAAUAAACAAUGCCUUUUUUUUUUUUUGACACUGUGAAAAUAUGGGUGAUUCGCUGCCUUUCAAAUUCUCACAGACACGUUACAUACAAACACAGUUUCUGAUCCCUCAGUGCUUUACUCGGACACACAUCCUCCCAAACCCCAUGACUUCUAUGUAGCGACUAAUUUUCACUCUUUAUAUAACAUACCUGAUAUUCUUUAAGAGCUUCCAAUACCUCUAUAGUUUUUUAUUAACAGAGGGCAAAUAUGCAAUUCGAAAUGUUGGAGAGAAACUUAACAGCAUCAAAUUUUACAGUUUCUUUAACAGUCAAACAAUCCCACCUGUUUAUAUUUAUGCAUUCCUCUGGAUGCAGCAUUGUAGCCAGUGGGCAUGCCAAAGCAUAAAUGAUUUUCCUUUUCUUUUCUCACUCACUGACCAGAUUCUACCUUCCCCUCUUAAAGUUUUAGUUAGUUAUUUCCCUGUGUUGCAGUGAGACAUUUUUCUGUGAUAAUCUUUCUUCUAUUUCUGUAAAAGUAUUGGCGUCCUCCUGCCAGCUGUUUGCCUUUAGCUUUUGCUAUAUUUUUUAUACAAACUGUAAGUACAUUUAUUAUUCAUGAAAUAAAAAUGUUGCACCAAGCCUAAUCUUCAA